UGUUCCGCAAUUUCACGUCAUUUUUGAACUUCGACUGCGUUAGACUGGUGUCAAACCGUAUUCUGUGGAACUGAGACAGUGUGUGGUGUGUAGUGUGCUCGCUCGUGAAUCGUUUUCUGGAAGUUUACUACACAGUGCAAGUAGCGUAUCGUUAUUAUCUUUGUUAAAAUCUAGACUUGGAAUUGUUAAAUUAAGAUUAAAAAAUGGUUAAGGAAACAACAUUUUAUGACAUCCUUGGAGUGAAACCAAGUUGUACGACAGAUGAGCUUAAGAAGGCAUAUAGAAAAUUAGCACUCAAAUACCACCCGGACAAGAAUCCCAAUGAAGGGGAGAGGUUCAAGCAGAUCUCCCAGGCUUAUGAGGUGCUCUCCAAUCCAGACAAGAGGAGAAUUUAUGACCAAGGUGGCGAGCAAGCCCUCAAAGAAGGCGGUGGUGGCGGCGGCGGCUUCUCUUCGCCCAUGGACCUGUUCGACAUGUUCUUCGGCGGGGGCUUCAGUGGCGGCCGCCGGCGCGGGCGGGAGCGGAAGGGCAAGGACGUCAUCCACCAGCUGUCCGUCACGCUGGAGGAGCUGUACCGGGGUGCUGUUAGGAAGCUGGCGCUGCAGAAGAAUGUCAUCUGCGAGAAGUGUGAGGGCCGUGGUGGAAAGAAGGGUGCGGUCCAAACAUGCCCCACAUGCCGCGGCUCCGGCAUGCAGGUCCAGAUCCAGCAGCUGGCUCCGGGCAUGAUCCAGCAGAUCCAGACAGUGUGCAGCGAGUGUCGCGGACAGCGGGAGAUCAUUGACCCUAAGGACCGCUGCAAGCUGUGCCAGGGCCGCAAGACCGUGCGCGACCGCAAGAUCCUGGAGGUGCACGUGGACAAGGGCAUGACGGACGGACAGAAGAUUGUGUUCAGCGGGGAGGGCGACCAGGAGCCAGAGCUGGAGCCCGGCGACCUUAUUAUCGUUUUAGAUGAAAAGGAACAUGAGGUGUUCAAACGCUCUGGCAACGAUCUCAUCCUCCGCCUCAACAUCGAGCUGGUGGAAGCGCUGUGCGGCUUCCAGAAGGUUAUCCGAACCCUGGACGACAGAGACAUUGUGAUAACGGUCAUGCCCGGGGAGGUCACCAAGCAUGGUGAGGUCAAGUGUGUGCUGAAUGAAGGCAUGCCAAUGUACAAAAACCCGUUCGACAAGGGCCAGCUCAUCAUCCAGUUCCUAGUAAACUUCCCGAGCAACAUUCCCCCCGAAGUCAUUCCCGCGCUCGAGAACUGCCUGCCGCCCAGACCAGUGGUGGACAUCCCCGAGCUGGCCGAGGAGUGCCACCUCGUGGAGCUGGACCCCGAGCAGGAGUCGCGGCGCCGGCGCGCGCACGCCGGCCCCGCCUACGACGAGGACGACGACCAUCCCGGCAUGAACCGAGUGCAGUGCGCCACCAGCUAGGCUACCCGAUACCCGCUACCCGACUACUACCACUACCACUACCACUACCCUGCUCCUGCUCCACGCAGCAGGUGGAAGUGGAACCGACUUCACUACUUAUUUAACAAACGAGACGAUGUCGUCAGGGAUCCUCCAUUAAUGACAUCACACCAAAUUACAAUUUUUCGACCGACUUAAAAAUUAACUAGACGAUUAGCCUCGUGUUAACAUUGUUACCUUAACAUACAUAUUGUUACCGUAACAACAUAACUACUUUUUGUGUAACCCGUGCGAAGCCAGGCCGGGUCGCUAGUUAGUCAUAUAACGAGUAAAACCGUACGAUUGUUUUGUAUUAAUAUGACACAUGACAUUAACUCGAUUAAAUAUUUUAUACCUUAGUAAAGAAGACUUUCCUUCAAGACUGACUCUCGUUUAUUGAAUAAUGUCUGAGGGGUUUCAAACCUGCUUUUUCUGUACGAUGAUUAUGCGUCGAGCGCUAUAGUUACUUUACAAUGGACCUGUGGCAACACUUAAUGCGUGAUAACGACAACAUAGUGUAUGCCACUUUUCAAUACCUUUUGACUGAAUGUGGCGUGCUUUAUUUUCGUUUACCACAUUAUAACGCCACCAUGAUACGCCUUGCUCUAUAUAAGUUGUAAUAGAGUGCUAAUUACAAAAAUAAAUGUUUACACACAAUUUAUACCGCCCAUGUAUUUUGCAUAAUAACAAUUAAAGUCUGACUAACCUAACACUGCAUGGCAUUUGCAAUGACAAAGUGAGGCAAUGUGAUGACUUGUUAAUGAUGAUUAAUGGCAAAUUUUUAUAAACGCUCCCAUACUUUGUUAUAUUCAAGCCGGUGCAAAGUUAGCUUAGGGUUAGUUAGACUUUUAACCCGUGGAGUGCCCCAGUUUCACAGUAGUAUGGAACUCCUAUACUAACUACUGUCACACGUGCGAGUGUGACAGAAGGGCGCUCCGGACGCAGGCGCAGGCACGGCGCAGGAUGGGUUAAACAAUCUCUGUAAUAACGCAAUUUAGUAAAUAUAAUGUUUUUAAAGCCCUAUUUUUAAUGUGUUAGCCCUCUUUUAUAACUACCAUACUCUGAAGGACUAUAAAAAUAUAAUCAAAUGUUUUACCAUCAAAUUAGUUUUUGUGAACAAUAGAAGAAUAUGACUAGGAUGACUAAUAAUUUCCGAGGUACUGUUGUACCAACCACGCCAAUGGACCUUAUCCUAUAAUAUGACUUUUAUGAUUAUACUUAAUGAUAGGUAUCGCAUGUAACGUUACUUCAGCCUCAUCGAUGCUAUUGUAGUUUGCGCAUUUUUAUAUAUUUUUUUGUAUUUAAUAUGAGAAUGGCGAUUUUAUAGUUUAUUCCAUGUAUUACAUCGAUGAUAUAUAUAUAGCUCUUGAAUGCUAGAUGAGAUGAAUUACUUAUUUAUAUUAUUUAGUAAUAAAAGCAUAAUUAAGGCGGGAUGUUAGGUCCAUUAGCUUUAUGGUGAUUGUAUUAGGUUAGUUUAUUGUAACUAUGAAGUAAUCAUCACUGUGAUUUUUAUUUCUCUUCUCUUUUUAGAUAAUUGUUCAUACAAUUUUUAUUUUAAGCUUCUAGCUGACUUGGUAAAACAUAAAUAUUUAAUUUAUGUUUAGCACGAAAACGUAACAUUGUCAACACUUUUAUAACGUCAAAUUAAAUUAUUUGUUUGACUUAGUCAUAAAAACCUGUAUUGGAUGUUUAAUCUCAACAAAAUAGCCAAUUGAUGAUACACUCCUGUAAUACAAAUAUAAGAAAGUUUUGUCUCAAAAAUGUUUUUU